GUACAAUCUUUUCUAGGCUACUGAGGAUGCUCUAACCAGUUUACAAAGCCCGAGGAAUCCAUCUGUCCUUUGUCGGCCGGGCUUGGCGCUUAUGCUCACAGAGCGGGCCGAAGCGUGGGCCCCAGAAAUGCGCGCCCUGAGCGAUCCGGGAUGCGCCAUUAACAAUUCUAGCUAUUACUGAAGGCCAUUUGAAAGCUAGCGAAAAGCAGAGGUGCUCAUCGAUGGCUAACGCAUACUCUCCCCGAUUGCGCCGUUCUUAGAUGGCCGAAAUCGAUGCUCAUUUGAUCUAAUCUGCUAUGCCCGUGGCAGAUUUGGCAGCCCCAUACUAACGAAGGAACCGGUAUACAUCAGGCAAUGGUCCUUCGAACAGUUCUCUGUCAUGAGCUUCGGUCAUCCUGCGCAAGUCAAUAUGUGCUGACUGGCUCGCUAAGAACAUUGUUGAAUUUCUCUGACCUCGUAGGACUCGGUGACAGAGUGCUCACAUUGCCGUGUAAACAGCAUCUGCCAAGGCCAGAAUUAUCCGAUGUUGUGCAGGUCUUCGAACAGUAUGCAGUGCUCAAUGUACUGCUUGGCGCUAACCCAGGAAAUCAAAUUUAGCGUCCAGGCGCUGACUCAGGCAGUGGAGACUUUACUGGACUAGGGAACCGUACCCGGAUAGUGUGUUGGUAAAAGUAGACUUGGAUUGCGUGUUAUCUUUGGCCAUCAUAACUUAUCUGGUCACUUUGGACGCAGUACGCAUGGAGACCAUGCUUGCCAAGAUGCCAAUGCAGUUGCAAAAGUGUAUUGUGCCUGUUGGUCGCGUGCCAUAGGGGCCGAGGUUAUCCCGGAAAAAUAUUGUGGGGUGCAUAUGCAACGGUGAGUAGAGAGCAU